AUGAACAAAGAUAAAAGAAAAUCAAACGAAAUGGUUGCUACAAAGAAUAAAAGUAAAGUGUUAUCGUGUUCAACACCCGAUCGAGCUGAUUCCCCAUCUAGAGAUAGUGAUUCCAUCUGUGACUCGGAGGCGGCAAGUCCGGUACCAUUUUUGUGUACCCAAGAUGGAGCUGAAGGCGAAACAGAUGUGGUUUGGAACUUCUACACCCCAAAGUCCGAGAACACAGGAAAAUCACGAAUCAAAAACUCAACGCCAGUUAGUCGGAGAUCAAAAAGAUCAAUAAAACCUAAAAUAAUUGAAAGACAACCUCCAAAACGUAGAGCUCUUAAACAAAGUUUACAAAAAAAGACUGAAUUAUUUCAAGACCUAAUAGAACUGAAUCAAAAUUUAGUAGAACUAAUGUCAAAGAAGACCCAAAAGACAUGUACAGAAAAAGUAAAUUCAGCAAGCGAGGAUGACUUUAUGAGUGAAUCACCGGAGUUCUCUCCUAAAAGCAGGGUGAGAAGUAAUUCUCGAUGUUUACGAAGGAAUGUGUUGAGUUCUAAUUUUGUAAAACCUGAUCCUGAAGCAGCGUUGGAAUCCGAUGAUUCAAUGAAUGAGUGUCUUAUAAAAGCCAGUCAGGUUGUGGAAGAACAUAUUCUGAAGGAAGCACCUCCUGUAAAAAGGCCUUGUUAUGAAUCAAAAGUGAAAAAUAAUGUAAUAUCUGAUUUAAAAUUUAAAAUGGACAAUGAUUCAAUGGAUGCCAUACUGAAUAGUAUAAAAUUGGAUUCACCAGUAGUGAAGAAAGUGCAAAUGUGCUCAUCACCACAAAUGAAUAAUGAUUCCUUUGAUAGUUUGGUUGGAAACUUGAAUGAUAGUGCCUUAGAAAGAUUAACACAGAUGCCUACAAAACUAGACACAUCACGGAGUAAAAGCAAAUCAAAUAGUUCAAAAGAUGGGAGUUCUUGGACGAUAAAAGAACUUGUUGUUCAUGAUGCCAGUCCUUCAAGAUCUAUAUUCGGCCGUCAUAGUUCUAUGCCUGUGUCACCAACUGUUACAGAAGUGACUAAACCAUCAACUAGCGGAAUGGCUUUUGGAAGAUAUAAUUCAAUGCCUUUUGGCAAAGAGAAAGAGUGCUCAGCAGACCAAGGAGACUCACCAAUCAGAUGCACCCCAGAUGAAAUUAAAAAGAAGCACCAGCUGGCCAGAGAAAAAUUAUUAGCCAAGAGACUCCUGCCAUUCACAUCAUCACAAAAGGGUUCCCAGUCCAUUUUUAAUUCACAACUGACCCAGCCUUUGCCAAAAAUAAGUGAAGAAACUGUUCCCAACAAUUUACCAAAAUCAAGUGUACCAAAAAAGGUGCAAUUUCAACCUAAAGUUGCUAGUAGUACAAUAUUACAGAAAAAACCCACACCAAAUAUUCAACAGAAACCUAUUAGUAGUUCGGCAGACCUAAAGACAAUAAUUGAAAAGAAAAGACAAGAAGCUUUGAUGAAACUACGACGCAGACAAAUACAAAGCAAGUGA